UUCAACAUGGCGUCCAACACGACGACUUCAACAACAUCAAACUCUAAACCCAGCUCAACCGACAAAGAGAAAGAAACACUACGAGCUGUUCUGCAGUUUCUAAAAAAUAAGAAACUAACUGAAACAGAGAAAAUCUUUCGUCAAGAGACGAAUUGUGUGGGAAAUGACAGUGAAUUGAACCUAGAAACAUCGUCUGAUAUUGAUACAGACAUAUCCUCUGUUUUAUCGGCGUAUAACAGUGAAGCAGAUCCAUCAAGAUAUGACGAAUACUACACUAGUCUCCAAGUGUUUGUCGAAAAAUCACUAGAUGUUUAUAAACCUGAAUUAGCAAUGGUUCAGUAUCCAUUAUUCAUUCAUAUGUAUUUAGAGCUUGUCUACAAAGGGUAUGAAAAAAAUGCCCAGUCAUUUUUCACGAAGUUCAGAGAAUGCCAAGAAGACUACCAUGAAGAAGACCUAAGACGGUUAUCCUCAAUCACUAGGAGAGAACACAUGGACAAAAAUGAAUUCAUGGGAACAUUAAGGAGCAACAAAUUUGUAAUAAGAAUGUCCAGAGAUACCUACCAAGUGCUGAAGAAAUACCUCCAGGAUACUCAACAAGAAACACUGUUAACUGUCAUUCAACAACAUCUACACUUUGAUGUUUUUGAUGGAAGGCCACGGCACAAGUCAUCAAUUGAUGCAACAUCAGGAGGAAUUACUGGUGAAGCAACAUUUGAAGCAAACAAAACCAAAGUUCUGUAUGGUCUUCAACCUGAGCCAGACUUUGGAAUCACAAUAGAAGAUGAAAAUGAAGAAGAGGAUGAUAAAGAUAAACCCAAGAAAAAGAAGACAAAAAAGGAAAAUGGAACAGGAAGGAAAAAGUUUGAAUUCAAUCCAAAUGCACCUCCUCUGAACAGAAUACCAUUCCCUGAGUUGAGAGACAGUGAUAAACUGAGAAAAGCACAGGUUCUGAGAGAAAAGGCCAAAAGACUCAAACUUGAUGCAGAAACCUUACCUUCCAUCUGUUUCUACACCCAGUUAAAUUCACAUGAAGGAAYGAUCUGUGCAAGUAUUUCCGAGGAUGCAACAUUGCUGAGUGCUGGGUUUGAAGACAGUAUAAUCAGGGUUUGGAGUUUGACUCCAAGAAAGUUAAGAAGCCUAAAACCACCCUCAGAACUGAACAAGAUUGAUAAAGAAGCUGAGGAUGUGAUGGAAAGAAUAAUGGAUGACAAAACAGCUACAGACUGUCGUCGACUGGUUGGUCACUCUGGACCUGUAUUCGCUGUCAGUAUCGUCCAUGACAAUAUGUAUCUUCUGUCGUGUUCCGAGGACAAGACCAUUAGACUAUGGAGUCUUUAUACAUUCACUACGCUGGUCUGCUACAAGGGACAUAACUAUCCUGUCUGGGAUGUGCAGUUUUGUCCACGCGGCCAUUACUUCGCAUCGUCAUCACAUGACAGAACGAUUAGACUUUGGUCAACUGACCAUCAACAGCCACUUAGAAUAUUCUCUGGUCACGUGUCUGAUGUCAAUAAAGUUGCUUUCCAUCCCAACUGUAACUACCUGGCUUCUGGAUCAAGUGAUCGUACCGUACGACUGUGGGACAUUCAGACAGGCACCUCAGUACGGCUUUUUACCGGGCAUAAGGGACCAAUUCAUGCACUGGCAUUCUCUAGGAGUGGCAGGUAUCUUGUUUCCUCUGGUGUUGACAAACGCAUCUUAGUGUGGGACCUGGCUGAAGGCACCUUAACCACAGAACUCAAGGGACAUAAAGACACUGUUUACUCGCUGUGCUUCUGCAGAGACGGCAAUAUACUGGCAUCAGGUGGCUUAAAUAAUUGUGUAAAGCUAUGGAAUGCUAAAGCCAUUUGUAAUCCUGAAGAAGACGAGGAUGACCCUCAUGGCGAGUUGGAUAAAUCAGCUGUAUAUGAGUUAGGGUCGUACCCCACCAAGAACACUCCUAUCCAUUGCCUACACUUCACCUAUAGGAAUCUAUUGCUAGCAACUGGCCCUUUCAACUCGAUCUGAAGACAUAUAUCAUUACAACAGUCGUUCUCAAUAGCACGCCACGAAGUAGGUUUUGGUUUUGACGUGAAUCAAUGCGUUUUCAUGAUAUUCCUUUGGCACAUGGCCUUGAACUCGUACUAUGUCAAGGAGAUACUUAGGUUGACGUCCACCAAAUUUCAUUUUGAUGCGAAGGCAAAAUGUACGAUUCCGCAUCAAAUCAACUUGGGCGUAAUGCUUUGCCCAUUUCAGACCACGUAUCUUUGUUUGAGUCGUAUCCAUAUUCGUGCACGACCGUUAAACAAAGAAAUAAUAAUCUAGGAAAUGACCCGUGGUCUGAAAUGUGAUAUACAGUGGAUUAGGUCUAUCGAGAAGCACUGUAAAGAAACAGUAUAGUUAUGUUAAACCUGUUAUAUAUAAGCUUAGGUAGGGAUAAAUAUGUAUAUAUUACUCCAAUAUUGACAAUAAAUAAUUUAGUUUUACAUUG